UUAGUCGGGUUUCUAAUUAAAUCUAUUUAAAAUUUGACAUUUUUUUAUACCCAAGUCAGUUUAUGAUCCACUCUAAUAAUAAUAUAUUAUAUUACACUUAGUUUUUUUUUGCUGCUUUGGCGGGUUCUUUAUACAAGAUGUACGAAUACAUCCAAUACAAUCAAAAAAUACUAGCUCACGGAGUGUUGGAGGCAGCUCCUCCAUCCCUGACCAGAGGGUGUAUCCGGAGUGCUGAGCCGCGUAAGCAGUCACCCAGUCGGCCGCUCCAUUGGCUUCUCUGAAUACAUGCUUGGAUAUUACACUUAGUUUAUAAUAACAGAGGAAAAAUAGAAAAAGCAAAAAAAUAAGCCCGAUGUUUGUGCCGAGCUAGGCCUGGGCAAAAGCAACGAACUUAACUUACAGAGCCAUGGACGGAGAUUUUUAAGAUCCCUGGGAAUGGAGGCGCCCAAACAAAGCAACGCUGUCUUGGAAUUAAAAGCUUCAUUCGUGAUCAUGAUGAACUCUGAUGCUAAUGCAACAGCCUUUCUGAAAAAUUCGUGCUGAAAGAGGCUGGAUGGUGUUGAGGGCUCGCUCAUUCCUCGAUAGCCAAAUAGCGCAUGCGUUCGAGCCCACCAUCGCGUCCAUGUCCUCGGCUCGCCUCCGUCCCCUCCUUUACUCCCUCCUUCGCUCGACCCCAAAACCCCCCGCCCUUCCUCCCAACUUCUCCACCGCCGUCUCCCCGGACUCCGAUCUCCCGGUCCCCGCUUCCCCUCCAACCCAGGAAUCCAUCCUCCGUGUCCUCAAGAAGCUCGACAAAAGUCCCCCAAAGGCCCUGGCCUUCUUCAACCGCAUCACGUCCCAGUGUGGCUUCAAGCCCGCCCACCUCACCUACAAUCUCGUGCUGCAAAUUCUCUGCCACAAGGACUCCAUGAAGGAUUUCUGGGCCUUCCUCAAGUCCGUGGACGACGCCGGCCACACCAUCGACCGGCGCACGUACGUCACCCUCCUCGCCAACUUCAAGAAGCACAAGAUGGCCGCGGAGUCCUCCGCCUUGACCCAAUUCUACUCCCGAGCCAUGGCGAAGGCCGCCUCCGAUGCCGCCAUCGACUCCGCCGCCAAACUCAUUCUUGGCUCGAAGGAAUGGAGCGAGGCGGUCGAGAAGAAAUUGCAAGACCUCAAUUUGUCGUUGUCGGAGAUUGUGGUCGCGAAGGUCCUUCGAAUAAUGCGACGUUUCCCUUCAAAGGCACUGGCUUUCUUCCGAUGGGCGGGGCAGAGGCCGGGGUACAAGCACGGGUUGGUGGCGUACAAUGCUAUGGCUCGGAUUCUUGGAAGGGAGGAUUCCAUUGGAGAAUUCUGGAGCUUGGUUCGGGAGAUGAAGGGCGAAGGGCAUGAGAUGGAUGUGGACACGUAUGUAAAGCUCUCGAGGCGGUUUCAGAAGACUAUGAUGAUGAGGGAAGCAGUGGAGCUCUAUGAGCUCAUGAUGGAUGGCCCCUACAAGCCGGCAAUUCAGGACUGCAGUGUGCUUCUGAGGCGGAUUGCACGGAGUGGAGCGGACCUUGAGUUAGUUUUUAGAGUUGUGAGGAAGUAUGAGGCUGCUGGGUAUUCACUGUCGAAGGUCCUCUAUGAUGGGAUUCAUCGGUCGCUGACCAGCAUUGGGAGGUUCGCCGAAGCUGAGGAGAUCUUGAAGAGGAUGAAGCUUGCAGGUUAUGAACCGGAUAGCAUCACUUAUAGCCAUUUGGUCUAUGGACUCUGCAAGGUUAAGAGAUUGAAUGAGGCUUGCAAGGUUUUGGACAACAUGGAAGCUGAUGGUUGCGUUCCCGACCUUAUGACUUGGACUGCUUUGAUUCAAGGGCAUUGUUCGAUAGGUGAGGUCGAUGAGGCCUUAGAGUUAUUGACAAAGAUGAUUGAAAGAAAUUAUGAAGCAGAUGCUGAUGUUCUGGAUGUCUUGGUGAAAGGUUUGUGUAGUAAGAGAAGGGUGGAUAGUGCCUACACUUUAGUUGUUGAAAUGAUGAACACCCAUGUAAGGCCAUGGCAGGCUACCUUUAAGUAUUUGAUCCAAGAACUACUGAGUGUAAGAAUGCUUGAAGAGGCAUUGAAGGUUCUCAAUUCAAUGAAGAGCCAUAGGUUUCCUCCUUUCGCAGACCCUUUUCCUCCCUAUAUAGCCAAGUAUGGGACAAUUGAGGAUGCUAGGGAUUUUCUGAAUGCAUUAACAGUGAACAACUACCCGUCAUCUAUGACCUAUUUACACGUCUUCAAGUCCUUCCUCCAAGAAGGCAGGUAUUCUGAGGCUCAAGAUUUACUUUCUAAAUGCCCUCGCUAUAUCUGUGAGCAUGGUGAGAUCUCUAAGCUCUUCAGUUCUAUUAAAGCUGGGAAUGCUGCUUGAGUUUACUUGUCCAACAACUCAUGAAGGCCUUGGGAAUGCCAAUUUUAGGCCUUGAUGGAUUGUCAUUGUCAUGCACGAUGAUAUGAUCAGACUAAUGUUACAGUCUAUCUUUACCUGGUAUUUUUUUGUGAAUAGUGGAUGAGUUUGUAGCUGUUUAAACUGUUUUUUAUGCAAAAUCCGGAUACACUUUUCAUACAUUCUGCUGACCCUGAAUAGUUGUUUGUGAUAAGGCUUGAUGAUUAUGGUUGUGGUUUAUGUGAUCAUUCUAUAUGCAUUAUAUAAAAAGCAAAAUAUGAAUCUUUUUCUCCCAGGACUUGGAAAAUAACCUUGCAACCAAAGUGAUUCUUGACCUGGAUUCCUAUUAGCGUUGUGUUCGGAAAGAAUCUACAGAUGACAAUGAUCACAAAUUGUGGUCAAUAAUUUUGGAUUCUCUUUUAUGCUCUAACUAGUCAUUGGAUUCUCUUUACGGCUCCAAGGAGUCAUUGUGGAGAUUUUUAGGCCUGAGAAAAAGGUCUAAGAUUGCACUUCUAGAAACUGCUUCUGCAAAUGUAUUAUACAUGAUAGAUUUUCAAAGUUAUCGAGAGCCCCCUUUGCUUUAUAAUCUUUAUGAAGCCCUAGGCUUAGUCGAGUUUUUUUGUUUUCCCCAAAAGCAUUAAAUCAUGUCUGCAGGCCCUCUUUAUGUUCUUAAAACAAGUACUUGUAAACUGGAGAUCUUUUAACAUUCUAUAAUGGAAUAAUGGAGAACUGUUAUGAACUGAUGAGUCUCUCGAGUUCUUCUGCACGUGUACUCUAAAUAUGUAUGAUGGGAAGUCUGUAUAUUAAGUUAUUAAAUCAGUGUUUAAAAGGGUUGAGGUGAAAAACAAGGCUUCUAUUACUCUUGAUGAAGAGAAGAACUAUUGGUACAUUAUGAUUAAACUGAACUUGUUUAUGUUUCAGGUGUUUGGUGCAGAUAGAAAGAAGGUGAAAGCUGUUCUUCCAUGAAGCACUAUAAGAACAUUAUCAAACACUUUGUACUUCUGCAAGGAACUGACUCACUGAUGUUCAGAAAAAAAAUAAAGCUGGAUGGUUAGGAUUCUGUUAAAUCUGAGUGUAUUCCAUUCAAAUUUUUAUUGAAAAAUGUGAUGGCUCUGUUUUGUAUUUCAAUAAGAAUACUAAAUUUUGUUUGUUAGAGGUCAUCGCUACCAAAGACAUGUUGUGCUGAAAUUCAUGCUGAUAAAAUUGUCAGCAUUGCAUAAUUAUUACAUUUUCAUGGCAUGCCUGGAAGGACCCAGAAAGAUCAACAGCAGCAUAGUUCACAAUGUUUGAGAACUGACCAAUAUAAGUAUAUUAAGGUGGAUAUGUGCAAUAAACAUGACUGUAGAUAUGCAAUAAAAAAAACCCUCAUAAAGAUUCAUCCAUUUCCAGCUGAACAUUAAUCCAGAUGACAGAAAAACAAAA